AUGCUUGCCUAUUUCUGGCCAAAGCUCGAUACACAUGAAAUACGUAUACUCGAUGAUGCAAAGGUGGAGAAUGUUCGUUUGAUAGAUCGUUUUAAUACUCGUCAACAUACAAUUGGCACAAUCUAUUUGACUUCAACACAUCUUAUUUUUAUUGAUCCAGAAGGCAAACGAGAGACUUGGAUUCUUCAUUCUCUUAUAUCAUCUGUUGAUAAAUUACCAACUACACAACAUGGAUGUCCAUUACGUGUUCGAACAAAACAUUUCCUUUCAGCAGAAUUUACUAUUCCAAAGGAACGUGAUUGUGCUGAUUUAUAUGCUACACUUAAUCAAUUAAAACCAGAUUCUUAUGAAAAACUUUAUUGUUUUCUCUACCAAGCACCAAAUUAUCUCGAAAAAAUUUGGGAUCCAUUUUUAUUAGCUACAGAAUAUAUGAGAAUGGGUGUACCAAAUGGAGAUUGGAAAAUCGAAGAUGGAAAUAGCAAUUUUGAUAUGUGUGAUACAUAUCCACCAUUAAUAUAUGUACCAACAUUAACAACAAAAGCUAUGUUAUUUGGUAGUUCAAAAUUUCGAAGUCGUGGUCGAUUACCUGUUCUAACUUAUUUACAUCCCAAUGGAGCAUCAAUAACUCGUUGUUCACAACCAUUAUCUGGUUUUAGUGCACGUUGUCAAGAAGAUGAACAACUGCUUCAAUGUAUACUGAAAACUAAUCCACAUUCGAAUACAAUGUAUAUUAUUGAUACAAGACCUCGUAUCAAUGCUGUAGCAAAUCGUGCAGCAGGUAAAGGUUAUGAAAAUGAAGGUUAUUAUUCAAAUAUUCAAUUUAAAUUUUGUCCAAUUGAAAAUAUUCAUAUUAUGCGUACUAGUUUACAAAAAUUACUUGAAACAUGUGAAAUGAAAAAUCCAACAAUGAAUCAAUAUUUAAAUGCUCUUGAUAGUUCAUCAUGGUUACAACAUAUUAAAUCUGUUUUAGAUGCUGCUAUAUUUAUUGCUCGAGCUAUUGAAGUUGAAAAGAAAAAUGUUCUUGUUCAUUGUUCUGAUGGUUGGGAUAGAACAGCACAAUGUUGUUCAUUAUCAACACUUCUUCUUUGUCCAUCUUAUCGAUCAAUACAUGGUUUUCGAAUGUUAAUUGAAAAAGAAUGGCUUUCAUUUGGACAUAAAUUUUCUGAUCGUUGUGGACAUACAACAACAAGUGAUAGUAAAGAACAAUCACCAGUUUUUCUACAGUUUAUUGAAUCUGUUUGGCAAUUAAGUCAAAUAUAUCCAACAGCAUUUGAAUUUAAUGAACGUUUUCUUAUAUCAUUACAUGAUCAUUCACACUCAUGUCAAUAUGGAAAUUUUAUUGGUAAUUGUGAAAAAGAUCGACUUGAUUUAUGUGUUAAAGAACGAACAUAUUCAUUUUGGAAUUAUAUUUUACAAAAUGUUAAUGAUUUUAAAAAUCCAUUAUUUCGUCCACAAUCAUCAUAUGCAAGUGAAGUUCUUUUACCAAUAAUAAAUCCGCAAACAUUAAAAUUUUGGUUAAGUAUGUAUCAUCGUUUUGAUAGUGCAUUAUUACCAAAAGAAAAUAUUUCAAAUACAUUAACACGUCUUGUUGACCAUACAUUAUCACUUAGUGAUCAUGCACGAUUAUUAGAAAAGCGUAUUCGUGAACUUCAUUCAAUACUUGAUAAUGAUCGUACAACAAUACCAACAACAACAAGUAGUAGUACAACAACAACAACGACAACAUCAAAUGAAGAUGUGGAUGAUUCUGAUAUUGAAAAAAGCAAUCAUCAUAAGAAAACAUCUCUGCCCGAACUUGAUAGUGGUUUAAGUGAAGCUGAAUUAAGUCAAACACGUAUAACAGAUUCAAUAUCAUUAAAAUUAAAUACAAUACUUCAACCACCACCAACAUUAUCAUCAUCUGAUGUUGAAAGUGGUUUUAGUGGCGAUUAUUCUCCACAUGGUAAAACUCCACUAUCACCAUUCAUACUUCAACAUCAAUCAAGUAUUGAUAUAAAUGAUAUACCAACAAUAGAACGUAUUGCACUUGAACUUAAUUCAAUAGCACUUGAUUGGCGUUCAUAUCAUACACCUGUUCAUUGUGCUUGUUCAUUACCAUUUGAUUCUGCACAACGAAAGUAUAAUUGUUGGAGAUGUGGAGAAAAUUUUUGUGCACGUUGUAUUGAACAUGGUAUCCAUUUACCUGGUUUAUAUAGUAAUAGUUUAGCACCAGUUUGUAAAACAUGUGCACUUUCAAUAAAAUCUUCUCCAUCAUUUGCUGAUUUUUCAGCAUUAGUUAAAUCAAAAUCAACAGAGUUUAUACGUAAUCAAACAGCUAUGAAAUUAUCUCGAUCAAUGAUUGAUCAAUUUAAUAAUGACCGGUGA